AGACAUCAUUAUGGUUGGGACCAACCGCCGAGAAAGACCUAUGGCCUAUGGGUUGGAGACAAGCUCAUUGGGUUUUCCGCAGCUUUUUUAUUUAUAGCUUCCCAUCCUGUCGUUGCUCUUGCUGAAUGUUUUUUACUUUUGUUCCUGCUUUGUUCUGCUUCUGCUUCCCCUUUCUCUUCUUCUUACUCGCACCUACAACUACAAUGUCUCUCUGAAUCCGUAACAGUGCUUCAUGUUCCCAACUUGUAACCACAACACUCAUACACCCCAACACCAACAGCGAAAAGAAAAGAAAAACUUUCCCUUUUCCUUUUUAUUCUUCCCUUCCCCACAAUAAAGAAGAGAAACACCAAGUGAGUUUGUCUUGUUUCAUUCGGCUUUUAACAAGAUGACACCUUGUUUGUUUUCCUGUGUCAUUAGUAAUAAUGCCUUGUUGAGAUCUAGUGCCACAUUGGUCGUUUUCACUUUCGGUGUCGUUCCACGUUGUUGUUGUUGUUGUUGUUGUUGUUGUUGUUGUUUCUCUUCUGGCUGCAAUGUCCGUGCCAGUCACCUUCCACAGUCACUGCCUCUUGUGGAUUGAGCAAUGUGGGCUUCCAGGUUUAAGGAGAUCUUGGAAUUUUGUCCGUGAAAGUUUUCAGCUUUUGGGUCGCGAUGCAAUUAGGUUUUCUGCAAAAUGGAUUGGAUUUAUCUCCAGGAAAGAGUCUGGAUGGAAGUUUCAGGAAGUCUAACUCUGUUAUUUCUGCUAGUACUGUCUCUGGGACCUCAGGAUUGAGCAAGUUUCUUCCUAUUUCCAGAAGAGUAUUAAAGGGGCUCAAGGAAUAUGGAAGGAAAAUGGUUGACUUGGAGUUAUUCACUCAAUAUAUUGAGGAGUGGGUCUUGGAGAAUCUAAAUGGUGAUUCAGCUGAUGGGAUGCAAAGUUUUCGUUCUCCCUUCACGACUGAUGAAUUGUGCAAACUUGAUUUGGCAUUGGAGGGGGUUCCAUUUCAGCAACUCAUCCGUAUGCCAUUCUUCACUGACGUUUCUGAUGAGGUUAUAGAAGAUCAGUAUCUAGCCACUGAAGAUUUCCUUCAUGCUAUUAUCAUUGGACUUUGGCGUACGUUUUGGCAUAAAAGUGGACCACUGCCAUUAUGUGUCUCGUGCCCCUCUCAUAUUGGUUCGAGGUUCAGUAGUGUUGAAAAGGCAAUAUCAAGGGGCAGGCUGAGGGAAAUGCGUGGUUUAGCAUUAAUAUCAAAAACUGCUACUGAUUCAAAAUUUAAAUGGGAUCAUAUGGUAGAGUUUGCCUUAUUCAAGUCAGAAGUAUUCUUGGACAAUGAUUCAAGACUAUCAGCCAGCACUAUUUGUGAAGCUCUCUUUUAUGGUUUCCAUGUUCUUGUUUCCCGGAGUUUGAGCAAGAUUAUUUCUAUCAACAGUGAUUCUGUUUUCCUUCUAGUUCUAGAUUCUAAAUGUGGAGCAGUGAUGAAGUUCAGUGGUGACCUUGGGAAACUUGAUUUAUUGAAUUCAAGCGAUCCAUAUCUAUCUGUGGCUGAAUGGAUCAAAACUUAUGCUGAAAUUUGUGUCACCCCAGUAGAACCGAUAUGGAACCGAUUAGGAAAUCCAAAUUGGGGAGAUAUAGGAACCCUACAGGUUUUAUUGGCAACUUUCUACUCCAUUGCACAAUGGAAUGGACCUCCACGAAAAUCAGUAGCCUCAUUGAUUUCAGAUCAUAGUCUCCGCCUUCAGAAGCGGAGGACAGAAUGCUGCAUCAUUGAGACUGAAAAUGCAUUGGUACCUUAUCAUGGUACAACUGACCAUCAAACAGGAGAGAUUGUUGAGCUUGAUCAAAACGAAUUAUUUUCCCAUAACCGAGCAUCACGUUUGAAGCUCAAGUGUGGUGACAUAUUGGCCUUGGAUGAUCCACAGCAGGGACAGAAAAGUUUCCAAAUUCAUGAAUCUCUGGUAGGAGGGAACUAUUACCUCUAUAGUGCAGUUUGUCUUGAUCAUCCAUCAGAGUUAUUGACUUUAUAUGUGGGUGCCCAUCCAUCUAGACUAGAGCCUUCUUUGGAGGAUAUGAGCCUCUGGUACCAAGUGCAACGUCAAACAAAAGUUCUAAACAUUUUGAGGAAUCAGGGAAUCUUGAGCAAAUACUUACCUGAAAUUGUCGCCUCUGGUAGGAUUUUACAUUCUGGACCUUGCAAGAAAGAGAGCCCUGGGGGAAGGUGUGAUCACCCUUGGUGUGGGACUCCAAUACUGGUGACAUCUCCAAUAGGGGAGCCACUAUCAUCCAUGGUUGCUAAUGAGGGGUCAUUUUCUGCAGAUGAAGCAACACGCUUGUGCAGGGACUGUCUAGCUGCUCUAAGAAGUGCAGCCAUGGCUAAUGUCCAGCAUGGUGAUAUUUGUCCAGAGAACAUAAUACGUGUUGUUGAAAGACAAGGUGUCAGAAACCAAGCUAUGUAUGUUCCCAUAUCUUGGGGCCGUGCUGUGUUGGAAGAUAGGGACAGCCCUGCCAUAAAUUUGCAGUUCUCAUCAUCUCAUGCUCUUCAGCAUGGGAAGCUGUGUCCUUCUUCUGAUGCUGAAAGCAUUAUCUACAUUCUCUAUUUUAUUUGCGGAGGGACUAUGUCUCUACAAGAUUCUAUUGAGUCUGCUUUGCAAUGGAGAGAGAGAAGCUGGGCGAAGCGUUCAAUCCAGCAACAUAUCGGUCAGGUUUCUGCUCUCUUGAAAGCAUUUGCUGAUUAUGUGGCUAGCCUUUGUGGAACUCCAUACCCUGUUGACUAUGAUAUAUGGUUGAAAAGGUUGAACAAGGCUGUGGAAGGUUCGGCGGAUAAAGGUAAAAUGAUUGAAGAAGUACCUAUAACAUUAAGAUUAGAGGAUGCUGCUGAGUCUUCAGGAGCUUCUGGCCCUUGAUUUGAUGCUGGAGGGCUGGGUUUUGGUGCUUUAUUUUUUUGCAAUUGAGGAAUUCAAAUGCAUUUUAUUUUUAGGAGCUUAGGUUCUUAUUGUUAUUGUUUUGGUAUCUUCUUCGGUAACAUAUAUUUUGGAGGGUUUACUGGUUUUUUGUCUGAUUGAAAUCACAUAACAAAAUUCAUGCCUGUUUCUAGAAUUGGCUGUCUACUGAACUACCCUCGACACCUCUUGCUUGGAACUUGGAAACAUCCAUUGGAUUUGACAAAUUAAGAGGUUAAAGAUACUGCAUUCGUAAACUUAGAGGCUUUUAGCCUUUUUUCCUUUUGGUCGAUCUGUGAUUAAAUGUUCAGGUUUCUAUAAAGUUUACUAUAUUUCAAAAGAAACAAUUGUGUAAGGACAGGUAUAAUGUACAAUAUGUACUAUUUUGGUACAUUCAAAGCUACAAAAGAAAUUGCCCUUAAUGUAACUGUAUCAUUUGUCUUGA